GUACAGAAUCAGCUGCUCCAAUACUGAAGAUUUGCAGCCAGAUGCAGUCCUCGCUGUGCUGUGAGACCUUGUGGCUUGUAAGAACAGCUGGGAUAGUCAUGCGCGGAGCUUUGAGACCAAUCAAGCCGCUCCCACGCCGGCUCAUACCAGUCUCUGUCAGGCAUACAACUUCAGACUCCCAAGCCGGCGCGCAACUUCAGCUCGAUAACCAGCAGCCACCGUCAGAUGUCCAGAAACCGCCUUUCGGUUUUCUCAAGGGGUGCAGAUUGAGAACGCCCCAUGGUAUCUGGGAUAGCCGCAAUAUACACUCGCUAUUGCGCGCUCUCGGCGAUCAUCUUGAUUUAGCUCAUUCACCAAACAUGAAGUUGUUGCCCGGCUUUCAACAAGCCUCGUUCAAUCUCCUUCUCAAUGAAUCCCUUCUAUGCGAAGAUGGAGCAGAUGCACGAUAUGUGCCUGGUGAAGGCUGGAAAUUCCGAGUGUGGGUGGGUGGGCGCAUGCAUUUCAGCAUGCCAUGGACGCAUUGGAGCAUGGAGGACAACAGCGACGUAUGUACCGUGGAGAAAGUGUCCGAUAUCAAGAUCACCGGUGAUCUUGCUAAUGAAGAUACCAAAGUCAUGAUUACGCUGACAAAAGAUUACUUUCCGGGGCAAAAAUUUCAAAACAAAGGAUCCUUCAAGUGGUCGCCAAAGAAGCACACGUUGCCCUACGUGACGGAGAAGAAGCACCUCUGUUUCAUGAGGAAGGUUCCUGCUUCUCUGAGAUCUGUCGACGUCCGGCGUAAAAUUGCGCCGCCCGUCGAACCAUUCCACGCUCAAACCAUGGUACCUUCGCCAGCAUUGCUAUUCAGGUUUAGCGCUAUCUCCAAGAACGACCAUAGGAUUCACCUUGACACCGAGUUUACCCAGCGAGUAUAUGGUAUACCAAAGUUACUUGUCCACGGUCCCCUGACUGCCGUUCUUAUGCUCGAAGUUUUGAGGAAAGGCCUUGAAAUCUACGCAGGUGCAGGACCUUCCACUUAUGCAGUCGAGCAUUUUCAGUACAAAAACCUUAUGCCUCUUUUUGUCGACGAGAAGAUUACUAUCGCCUGUAAGAAAUCGGACACUUCCAACUCAGACGACGAGCAGUCCACAUCGAAGCCAGCCGGGCCAGAGGAACGAUGGCAAGUCUGGAUCCAGAAGGGAGAAGGCGAAAACACCACCCUAGCCGUGAGAGGAAAGGCUAUAGUUACAGUUCACAGCAAGGAGGGGAGAUAUGGGGUUUAGCAUGCAGAUAACGAAGAGGCAACCGCUGCCAAAGGUGUCAGCUCUAUGAACAAGCUAGCGACUGCCGCUGAAUGAAGCCAUCUUUCGCCAUUGCCAGGCAUCAUGCCAAGGCCUAUCGAUUCCUUUUCUCCCAACACCCACUCCAGCGAACCUCGGUCCUCGAUAUCCAAGAUUCUCGGGAUGAUGCUAUCAGACCAUCGGGUCAAUGUAGGAGCUCUUCUUCGACACAAUGGAGCAGCAGCGGCUGGACCUUCUUCACGGUGUGUACCGCAACUGCAAAACCAGCACGCCUUCUCUUAGAUGGACAGCUGCCGGGAGGUCAGCAUCGGAACCAUCUCCUGUUCUCCUGUUGCAUCAUGUCGACUGUAAUCCCAGCUGCUUUCAGCAGGUUCAUACGUCGUCUCAACAUUUUUCCUUCUUCUUUUGGGUCUCUUGCGUGGGCCAGAUUGACCAGGAGGUUUCCACACUGGAUCGAGGCAUCAGCUGUUGCGGCCAAGCCGGCUGAGGCAUAGUGUUGCAGCUGAGCAAGCUUGUCUUUGAACGAUGCUUUGCCGAGGCCAAUUAAGCUCUUCGAUGUGAGCUGUUGCUCGCCUAGCCAAGCUUGCAACAAACUGUCCAUUCUUAGAGCGUUGAAUUGCGCUCUGUCGAAAUACCUGCUGUUGGCUUCAUUCACGGCGCCGAUUGUCUCAUCAUAUGUGCCAAAGGGAUUGACAUUCGAGACCUUUUCCACCCUCUCCGCCAAGUAUUUCUCUAGCGGGAUCACCGUGUCGAAGUGGCCAUAUUGUCCG